AUGAGAAACAAUUUGCCGACAAAACAACAACAAAAACACCAACAAUACCGACACAAAUAUCAACAACGUCUCAACGUAUGGCUUGAAAUGCCAGUUAUUCAGCAAAUUAUUUUAGUCAUUAUAUUAACAAUUAUCGUUGCCAUCAAUAUUGUUGAGUGCGAUGACAUUACACUACCAACCAUCGAUGGCAAAAAGAAAACAUUAAAUUCAAUACUCAAUGAAAACAACCAUCAAUCACAUGAUAAGCCAAAAUCAGGCGCAACUGGCGGCCAUCGUAUGGGCUGUGCGUCGCCCGAAGUGAUGGUCAACGGUUCGCCGUCGCCCGACAUUGUGGGCACUGUCAGCGGCGGUAACUUUGCCACCAUUGAAGAGAUACAGUUUGUCGGCGUUAUCGGACCAUCGGAGCAGAAAAGGGUUUGCAAAAUCAAGUGUCUCAAUGGCGUAUGGGUUGGCCCUCUCUGUGCACUGGAAAAAGGAGAUCAGUUCGCACCGAUGCUUAGGGAAUGUCGAUUGCAUGAGACGGACGCCGCACUAGUUAUCACACAUAAUAACAGUAGACUUAUCAUUGAUUCGCCAAAUGGUGUGACACUUCCUCACGGAUCGCAUAUUCAUGUGCGAUGCGAGGAGAUUGGUCUUUAUAGGUUUGUAGGCAAUACUAGUAUGCAUUGUGUUGAUGGACUCUGGGAUACUGUAAUGCCCCGGUGCGAGGCAACAACAUUACAUAAAAAUUUUUCAGUGGAUACCUCACCAUCUAUAGUGUACACAAUAGCCGACGGCAUAUCGGGCGUAGACUCCGAGGGCCAGCUUAUACUAAUUCCCGGCACUAUUAUCCAUAUCGACUGUCUAUAUCAGCGAACCAAUGGUAAUCCCACCUGGAAUUGGACAAACACUCACAGACAAUAUACGAACGGAUGGGCCAUUAAUACUGAUCCACAGGCCUGGAAGUACAGGCUAUCAAUCUAUUAUAGUAAGCCAGAAGACACCGGUGUGUUCACGUGUAGGGCACCCGACGGAAAGUCCAAUCAAAUUAACGUCGUUGUCAAAGAUGUUGAGUGUCCACUCAUCGAUUCAUUUGACGCCAAUCGUGUGAUGUCGGUCGAGGGGAACCGUAUGCAUGAUAGGGCUCGCUUCUCAUGCGUUGAAGGCUACUAUCUUUAUGGCACUCAGGAGAUCACAUGCCUUACCAGCGGUCUCUGGUCUGAUAGUCCUCCAAAAUGCAAAGUGAUUGAAUGUCCGCAACUAAACACUGACGACGAUCUCUAUCUGCGGGUCAGUGAACACAACCGUACGUACGGAUCGCGCGUACAGUUUUCGUGUACAGUUGGCUACAGACUAAUAGGUCCGGCGAUUAUCACGUGCUUAAAAAACCAGACCUGGAGUCAUGGUAUACCUGAAUGUGAGGCCAUAAGCUGUGAACCACCUGUACCUCCAAUCAAUGGUCGACUAUUGGAUAAUACACACUAUUUGGCCGGUGAUUACGUACAAUACGCGUGCAAUAGUGGUUAUGUGAUAAUGGGUGAGCCAUUGGCCAUAUGUAUGGACAACGGCACCUGGUCUUCCCCAGCACCUACAUGUCGAGCCGUAUGCGAAUACCCGGGCGAGUUGGCCAACGGUCACAUCGAGCCGACAAAGUUUCACUACAAUAUCGACGAAAUGGUAACCAUUAUCUGUAAUACAAACUACCGAUUACUGGGUUCACCGAAACUCAGAUGCGAUCCAAACGGCCACUGGUCAAGUCCUAAACCUCAUUGUCGGCCUUUUUAUUUUUGACCACCGAAACCAUCGCCGCCGCCACCGCCACCGAUAACCUAAAAUGGCCCCCAAAAAAAACUAUUGCCGUAACCAAUCGGUUGGCAGCACUUGUUAACCCCCCACCCCCUCCCACAUAAUCAUCACACCAUUGGACGCGCGACCAAUCGUUUUGUAAUAAAAAAAACUAAUACCAAAAAAAAAUUAUUAUCAAAAAAAUAAAUCAUUACAAACACAACCAAACCUUUCGACGAUAGAUAUAUCAAUUUGCCUACCGAUUCAUAACUAACUAACUAAUCACUUAACAUCACUGUGCAAUUUGUUAACAAAAAUUUGUUAUUAUUAUUAUUAUUAUUAUU